CCCCAGGAAACGCCAAGAUGGCGGCCAGUAACUACUACGGGUUUGCGGCCGGGGCCGUCGCUGGGCCCCAGUACAGCCCCCAGACCACUCCCACAUAUUCCCACCCCCCAGCAGCCAUCAGCUACUCUGUCCAGCAGGUGCCAGGAACUGACCCCACCAUCGCACCCGCCUACCUUCCAGCCGUGCAAGCUGCCAGGCCAGUGGCACCUGCAGCCUACCCAGGUUACCAGCCCUCCCCUACGCAAGACUGUGGAUAUGGAAUGCGGCAACCGGAUCCCGCCCCCCAGCCUGCCCAGAGCUAUCAGGAUAGCUACAGCUACGGGCAAGCGCCAACAGCAGGCAGUUACGAAGCCAAGCCAUAUUACCAGACGUUGGUCACCCAGUUGCAGAAUGUGGCCACAGACUCCUACCAUCACACCAAUGCCCAGAGCGCUUACAGCCAGACCCAGACCCAGAGGCAAGGGACGCCCGUGAAGCUGGUCCAAACCGGGAGGGCUUCCUCGUCCAGCUACGCCGCCUACCCAGCCCCGAUGCCUGUCUCCUCCGUCCAGUCGUACAGCCCGUCCUCCUACCACUCCUCUCCCGCUUCCUACUCCGGACCAAACUACUCCAGCUACGAUGCCGCUGCGUACACAGUGGCCAACUCAUCCUGCUACCCCGUCCCGCCGCAGCCGCCGCCUCCCCCGCAGCCGCCAAAGCCCGUGGGGGGCUCUCGGUGGGGUUGCACUGGCAGCAGCAGCAGCAGCAGCAGCAGCGCCAAUUCCCCUGCCAGCGGUAACUACAAGAACCCUCUGUUUCCCAACAAGCUCCCGAAGCUGAGAGGCGCACCGAGACAGCCCCAGCUGCACUACUGUGACAUCUGCAAGAUCAGCUGUGCCGGUCCCCAGACAUACCGGGAGCACUUAGAAGGACAAAAACACACCAAAAGAGAGGCAGCCCUGAAGAUGGGGAACCAGCCAGGUGGAAGCAGUCCUCGGGGGGUCCAGGCCCAGCUGCGCUGCGAGCUCUGUGACGUCUCUUGCACGGGGGCUGACGCCUAUGUUGCCCACAUCCGGGGAGCAAAGCAUCAGAAGGUUCUCAAGCUGCACACCAGGUUGGGGAAACCGAUCCCUUCCCCUGAGCCCGUGCUGGUCAGCGUUGCUUCAGCUCCUGCGAACAUGUCGGCCCUCAAGCAAGCUCUCCUUGUCCCCUCCCCUGCUGCACCUGUUGGGCUCACAAAGCCCGUUGUGGGAGUGACCAACAGCACCGCCACCGGCAAGAUGUCGACCCCAAAGAAGUCUGUUGCAGCAAAGCUCCCCCGAACAGCAGCAAGCAAACUUCAGGCAAAGGGCAGCCUGAAAUCGGAGGAGGUCAAAGAGACGCAACCGAAAACGGUGCCCGAGGUAGAACAGCUUCCUCUCGACGGUUCUGGAGACUGUUUGGGAGAUCUGCUGGAUGUACAGCCAGUGGGCCAAGAUUACGUGGAAGAGGUCCACAAGAAGGGGAAGAUGGUCCGCUUCUACUGCAGACUUUGCGAGUGCAGCUUCAACGACCCCAGUGCCAAGGAUAUGCACCUCAAGGGACGCCGGCACCGGCUGCAAUAUAAGAAAAAAGUCAACCCCGGCCUCCCCGUCGAGAUCAAGCCCAGCACCCGGGCCCGGAAGUUGCACGAGGAGAAGCUGACAAGGCAUCGGGAGGAAGAGCAGCCCUGGCUCCUGGGAGUGAGGCGAGUCAAAGAGGAAAUGUACUGGCGCCGGGUAGAGGAAGGACAGCUGUGUUGGGAAGAACGGCGGCGGCGACCUUUAGCAGCAGAUUGGCCUCCACCACCACUCAUGGGCAGGCUCGGGGUGCCUGUCCCCCCUCUCUUGCCCGCUCGGCGACCAAACUCUUCCGAUGACCGCCACAUUAUGACAAAGCACUCCAGCAUCUACCCAACGGAAGAGGAGCUGCGAGCCAUUCAGAACGUCGUGUCCCACUCAGAGCAUGCCCUGAGACUUGUCUCUGAUUGGCUGGUGGAGCAGGAAGCAGGGAAGGAGGAGGAACAGGAAGAGAAAGGAAAGACCGACAAGCCGCCCCGGGUUCUGAAAGGGGUCACGAGAGUCGGCGUCCUGGCCAAGGGGCUGCUGCUGCGGGGAGACCGGAACGUUCGCCUGAUCCUGCUGUCGGCCCAGAAGCCCACGUUGGCCCUCCUCCAGAGCGUUGCCGAGCAGCUGCCCAAGCAGUUGGGGAAGGUGACCAGUGAUGAUUACGAAGUUGUGUCGAACUCGGAGGAAGCCCAUAUUGUCAUUGCCUCGUCCAGAGAACCCAAAAUGCAGGUCACAGUUUCACUUACCUCUCCUCUGAUGAGAGGAGACCCCACGAAUGCAGAAGCAUCAGCGGAAUCCCAGCAGGAGUCCUCGGAAAUUCUGAACAAAGACAGAUGCUUGGAGUCCCUGGCUGCCCUUCGCCAUGCUAAAUGGUUUCAGGCGCGAGCCAACAGCCUGCAGUCCUGCGUGAUCAUCAUUAGGGUUUUGCGGGACCUUUGUCAGCGUGUGCCAACGUGGGGGGCUCUUCCGGAUUGGGUGAUGGAACUCCUGGUGGAAAGGACCCUCAGCACUGCCCUUGGGCCUCUGGGGCCUGGAGAGGCCAUGCGGCGGGUCCUGGAGUACAUCGCCACGGGGAUGCUCCUGGCAGACGGUCCCGGCCUUCCUGACCCCUGCGAGAAGGAGCCCGUGGAUGCCUUGCAGAGCAUGGCCCAGCAGGCGCGGGAGGACGUCACGGCGAGCGGCCAGCACGCCUUGAGGAUGCUGGCCUUCCGUCAGAUCCACAAAGUCCUGGGAAUGGAGCCCUUGCCUUUCCCGAAGAACCGUCCCGGCACAUUCAGCCGGAAGAGGCGGAGGGACACGGAUGAGGAGGCGCAGAGCGAGGGGGACAGGAAGAAGGACAAGAAGGAGGACGAGGGGGACGGGUCCGGGGCCUGAUCUCUGUCGCCAGAUCGGCUAAGAUGACCUUCGCGCAUCUUUACUAUGUAUAUGUAAAUAUGUAAUUGUACAGGUUGCUGUUCAGCCUAAACUUUUGGUAAUUUUAGUGAGUUCCCCCCCACCCCCAUUCUGUAGAUCGGUUUAACGCUGUGCUUCGGUCAUUAAAGGAUUCCCGCGUUC